CCACUGCCGGUCCCCCCAUUUCGCCGCCGCUUUUGUGGGAGCAGCAGCGACCGUUCCCGAUUUCCCGGGAAUUCCUGGAGCCAUGGAUGGAUCCUCGAGCCUCCCCCGCCUGCUGCUGCUGCUUCUGACCCUGCCCGGAAUUUGGGGGGUCGAAGUGCGCCACACCAUCACCCAGAUGGAAUUCUACCAAAAAACCCUGGAUUCCGGGAUCGACAGCUUCGAGUUCAUGUUCGACUUCGACGGCGACGAGAUUUUCCACGUGGAAAACGAGGAAACCGUUUGGAGGCUCCCGGAAUUCCAGAACUUCACCAGUUUCGAGGCUCAGGGAGCGCUCCAGAACAUCGCCAUCGACAAACAGAAUCUGGAAAAUUCCAUGGCCGCUUCCAACAAUUCCCGGAUUCCCAGUGUUCCUCCAGAAGUGGCGCUCUUCCCCAAACACGCCGUGGAACUGGGCGAGCCCAACGUCCUCAUCUGCUGCGUCUCCAAGUUCUGGCCGCCGGUGCUGCGGCUCCGUUGGCUCCGGAACGGGAUCCCGGAAUUCCAAGGGGUGUUUGAAACGUCCUUUUAUCCGGAUCGGGAUAACACCUUCCGGAAAUUCUCCUACCUGCCCUUCAUCCCCCAGCCCGGGGAUUAUUACGACUGCCAGGUGGAGCACGAGGGGUUGGCCGAGGCCAGCGUGGCGCACUGGGAGCCCCAGAUCCCGGCGCCGGCGUCCGAGGCCACGGAGACGGCGAUCUGCGCCCUGGGCUUGGCCGUCGGCAUCGUCGGCAUCGCCGCCGGCACCGUCCUCAUCAUCCGCGGGAUGAAGCUCGGCCGCGCCCGCGUCGAGCGCGGAAUGCUCUGAGUUCCCGGGAAACGGCCCCGGAUCCUGCUCUGAAUUCCCGGGAAACGCCCCCAGAUCCUGCCCUGAAUUCCCGGGAAACGGCCCCGGAUCCUGCUCUGAAUUCCCGGGAAACGCUCCCAGGUCCUGCCCUGAAUUCCCGGGAAACGCUCCCAGAUCCUGCCCUGAAUUCCUGGAAUUGUUCCCAGAUCCUGCCCUGAAUUCCUGGAAUUGUUCCCAGAUCCUGCCCUGAAUUCCUGGAAUUGCUCCCAGAUCCUGCCCUGAAUUCCCAGAAUUGUUCCCAGAUCCUGCCCCAAAUCCCAGGAAUCGCCCCCAGAUCCUGCUCUGAAUUCCCGGGAAACGGCCCCGGAUCCUGCCCUGAAUUCCUGGAAUUGCUCCCAGAUCCUGGAAUUGUUCCCAAUCCUGGAAUUGCUCCCAGAUCCUGCCCUGAAUUCCUGGAAUUGCUCCCAAAUCCCAGGAAUCGCCCCCAGAUCCUGCCCUGAAUUCCUGGAAUCGUUCCCAGAUCCUGCCCCAAAUCCUGGGAAUUCCCCCCAAAUUCCAGGACUUGUUUCCAGAUCCUGUCCCCAAAUCCAGCCUCAAAUCCAACCCCAAAUCCAGCCCCAAAUCCUGGGAAUUGCCCCCAAAUCCAACCCCAAAUCCUGGGAAUUCCCCCCA